CCUCCAUCCAUCCAUCAUUCCACUAUUGAUUCCCUCACUCGCCCCUUCUCCUCCCACUCUCUCGCUUCUUCUUUGUUUCCAUCUUACCCGACCCAAACUUAUCUGUUAACCUUACUCCGUCCACUCCUUGGCCUGCCAUGGCGUCCCAGGGCGACUUCUACUCGGCCAUGACCAACCGGUCGCUCCGCAUUGUCCGAUCGGAACUCGAAUUUCUCGCAGAUUCAUCCGUCAUCACUCCGCAACAGCUCUCGUCGAUCCUAUCGCAACUACCGAGUGACGAGAAUGAACGCAGCAGAGGCCCCGUCCCUCAGCAGCGCACGCCAGUGCAGCAGGCACCUGUCGCUGCGCAGCCGCCUCCUGCCCCGUACUCGCCUCCCACGAACCAGUUCGCCAACACGUCCCUGAACGAGAAGGCCUCCUACCAACAGCCUCCCCCGCAACAAUACUCGACCCCGUCCAUCCCGCCUCCCGCUUAUGCCCAGCCCCCGCCGGCGCUGUCCGUCGCCUCGGCGCUCUAUGCGUAUACUCCCACAGACCCCGGCGAUCUGGCUCUGCAACCGCACGAUCGCGUCCAAGUUCUGGAACACAUGAAUGCCGACUGGUGGCGUGGUCGUAAUGAGCGGACCAACCUGGAGGGUAUCUUCCCUCGAAGCUACGUGAACGUUCUCGACGAGAAGGCUCUCUCGUCCCCUCCCCCGACCAAUUAUGGGAACAUGCCCCUCGAAGUCAGCCAGAGUGGCUCCACGCCGGGCGACGAUGGCAAGAAGAGCAAGUUUGAGGAGCAGGGCAAGAAGUUUGGCAAGAAGAUGGGCAACGCCGCCAUCUUCGGUGCCGGUGCUACCGUGGGCUCUAACAUUGUGAACAGCAUCUUCUAAGCCGAGCGCAGCGUAAUGGCUUCAUGUAGUAUUUCUUGCCCCUUUCAUUGGCUCAUAGGGAUGGCGUUGGUGGAUUUUUUUUCUUUUUCUUUUUCUUUCUUUUUAUUCUUCCGGAACGUUCCGUUCGAGUUAGUUGGAAUAGCGCGUCGCAGAUUGAUUUGGUCAUGGUCAAGGCAUUGUUCAAUCAUAGAAGCAUCCGUGAGGUCUUCCCAUGCUAAGGUCUCCUGGAAGGACUCCAGGAAUAGACCUUUUUCCAUCGAGGAACCGAAAUCUGUUAAGGAAAACAGGUUGUUCUCGAGCGUAAUGUUUUAUCAGACUCCUUAAUUUCAGUUAUGAUGCUCAAGAAGAUUACUUUUCCCCCCAUUAAUUAUGUGUUAACCCCUGCU